AUGUUGGGUCCUUACAAUAUCGUGGAUGUAAUACUGCGAGAUGUCGUGUCAAGAGGAUCUUUGGUGAAGCAAGCUAUUCGAAAAGUGAAGGGGCCAGUGCAGCAUGCUGAUCACCGAUUACUACUUUAUAAAUCCUAUAAUCCACUACUUGUACAGAGAGACUUUGCAGAACUGCUGCCAGAAAAUCAAUUACGUUUAGAUAUUAAAGAAACUGAAUCUUCAACUUUUGAUCUGCAUAAAGUACGAGAUGGACGGUUUUUUAUGUUCAGAGAUAAGUAUCUGUUACAGUUUGCUAGUCGACUGGGACUAAGGUCAUAUUUACGGAGUACUGAGCAUACAUUUUUGGACGAACGCAUACUGGGACUUAAAGAACCUGGGGAUAAAAUAUUGUAUGAUUAUGCUGUGUAUCAGCGAAACCUAAAGGCCGCCUUUACGUCGCAAAAAGCGUAUGAAGAAGCUCUUCAUACUGAACCUGAAAAAGUAGAGGAUAUAACAGCACAUUUGUCCACUUCUCCGGGGGUUAAGGAUAUCGAAGCGAAGUCUGUCCUGGUGUGGGAUUUUCCUUCAAAUUUUACAUCGGAAGACAUAAAGGCUACUUACUGGUGGUAUGGCAUUAAGACUUGCUUCAAACUAUAUUCUGACGAGACUAACGGAAAAACUUUAACAUAUCUGGCCUUCUAUGAUAAUGAAGAAGCCUCCAAGUUUACAUUAAACAUGCAUGGAGCAUUCUCGGCGGAUGGCAAAGCACUGCUUGUAGAAGCGCUAUAG